CUACAGGUAUGAAAUCUCAACAUACACUUUUAAACUUAUUUAUCAAAUCCUGUAAUAAUCACCUGAUUAGAUAUUCACAGAAAAAUUGUAAAAUGUCUCUUUCAACAAAAUGUUACAAAAAACUUGAAACAGUGUGCACAGUUUAGUAUUGUAGCACAAUGUUUUAUUUGUUGUCUUUUGCAGUUUCUUGACUGUAUUAUAUUCAUACCUGAUCUCCAUUCAUUUUUCAUCUGAGGAUUCAGACUAAAUCAGGAUGUUGACCACUGCAGCUCUUAUUCUCAUUGUCACCAGUAAUGUUGUUCUUGGACAGGGUGACAGACGGGCUGUUAAAAGACAGAGAUUUCCAUUAAAUAUGGCAGAAGAUUCAGUUGAUGACCGGUAUGAAGGCUGUACAGAGAAGAUGGAAAAAUUGGUGGAGACAAAAUAUCUACCUGAAGAAAUCACUGCUAACAUAUCAGGCUUUGGAAAAGUUUGGGAAAACAGUACAAAAAACAUUCCUGGACCAAAAGACAAUCUGAAAAGAAAUCAUUUAAUUGCCAUUUCUGUGUAUACUGGUGUUAUAGUAUACAGUAAAUUUAAUCAGGAUGCUAGGACCGGUAAACAGAAAUACAAAGACAAGACAUACAAAUGGUACUCGCUUCAUUUUUGGUUGACACAAGCGAUACAGACUCUAAAGAAGACUGAAAAGGGAUGCAAGUCAACUUUUCGUGGUACCAAUGUUACAUUUGAAGGUUUCAAUAACACAGAUAUUCGUUUCGGCUCAUUUACGUCCUCCUCUCUUGAUCGUAAAGUAACAGCUGAUUUCGGAAAUCAAUCUUGUUUUGAAAUUGAGACUUGUCACGGUGCUGAUGUGUCAAAAUACUCCCAGUUUCCUAAUCAGAAAGAGGUGUUGAUUCCCCCGUAUGAGACAUUUAAAGUCACUAAUAUCAGGAACGGUCAGAAGGAUGACUGGUGUAAGACUGUGUUUGUGUUGAAAAGCUACAAAAUAACAAGUAACUUAAACUGUGCAGUGGCAUCAGUCAAGCCCAAGAAAUAUCACAAUGUCAUUAUCUCUGACUGAUCAGCAUUUACAUAUUUUAACUUCUCUUUUUUAUAAAGCAUGCUUUUAGAAAACUUAAUGAUUGCAGCUUUAGUCUAUCUGAAUAAUAAUCAUUUAGUUUUUUUUUUUUUUUUUUUUUAUUAUAUGCAGAGUUAAAUGCAUUUGUUGCAUUUUAGUUGUUCUGUCGCAUACGUACACUGUAAAAGUUCUUUGCUGCCUUAAAUUUACGAGUCAUUUAUUAUUUGACUAGAAAUGAGUUGUUAUAACUUACAAAAUAUAGUUGAAAUAAGUCAACCUCAUUUGUUGUAGCAACUCAUUUCUUGUCAAGAUAAAAAAUAGCAGGUUGAAAUGACUUGUGAAUCUGAGCUCAGCAAAUCAUUUUGUACUCCUUUAAAAUCUGAAGAACGUCUUAUAUAAAAAAUGUUUUUACAAAUUUAAAACUAUAAGAAUAACCCAAAAGGAUGUUAGUUAUUGCGUGAAUAAACGUCACUUAAAUUUCAUUUAUUUAAACAGCUCUCUGGUCAUUUACCCCUGAUACCCCAGAGUCAUCUUGACCGGUACUUAUGUUUAAUGUUCCGUUGUCUGGUUUCUCAUGCCAUGUUUGAAUUUGUUACAAAA